ACGGAAAAACAAACAUACGAAUAGAUUCAUGGGUAAAAGCAAGUGAAUUGAUUGCGUCGAAUAUCUGGGAAUUUGAAUUUGUGCAAAAUAAAGCGCAGUUUUAAUUAUCCAUGAUAGAUUUGUGAAUUUGAAAGCAAAAUUAAUUUAAUGUGCGCUGUUUAAUAAAAUAGAAAAUUUUUGUAAAGAAAUCGGGGGAAGAAUUGUAACAACGCAAGAAAAUAUUUGUGACGAAAAAUCUGAAAACAAAGUAUACUGCGACAUAUGGAAUACAGGUGAAAACAAUUUGUCAAGUGAAGACAUUCACUUUUCAGUCGAAGUGAAUACUAAAUCAAUAGUUGAAAAUCUAGCUAAUUAUUAGGUGUUUGAAAAAUCGAACUUCUAAGUAAAAGGAAAAGCUUCAAUACAUUCAUAGUAUGUUGAGGUGCAUUCAGUAACAAAAUUUGACGCAUAUAAUCCGAAUGAAUGUCAAAUAUUAUAGCUGCUAGAGGAGUGAAUAUAUAGAGUGUACGAAAACAUACUGUUUUGAAUUACCUACGCUCAUAUUGUAAUUAAAUUAACGUUAAUUGGCUGGUGGACGUAAAAUGUUUUGAAGAAAAUACAUGCAUAUUCCUAUAUUGGUAUCCCAUUAGCUAACGAUUCAAGAAAUAUUGGAAAGACAGGAAAUUUGAUAUCAAUCAGUGGCAAAAUAAACAGAGACAAGUUCGAUUGGAACCAACCCAUUUAAAGUGUUUUGUACGCUUACUUGUGACAAGGCUAACUCAUAGCCUCAGAUCCAUAGACAGACAAUAACGUUCCAGUGCCGCUACAAUAAUAACAAACACCACAACAAACCCAUUGCGGGAGGUGUGCCAUCACAAACGGUGCUUUUUUUUUGUUCUACUUCGUACUUUAUGUAUUUCCUGUGGCUCUUGAACUGAUAAGGUUGUGCACAGCGACACAAGGUAGGUGCAGAGUGUAAACAAUCACUUAUCAGGGCGUAGAUAUAGAUCGCAGAUCUAUCGCCGAGUGCACACUCACAGACAUAUGCGGGCAACUACCGACAUACAGGCAUUUAUGAAGACUUAACAAUAACAAUAAUCGGUCAAAAAGAGCUGGAACAAACGCAGUAACACCAGCAACAACCUCGCCGUACAAGUACAAACAAAUAAGAUAAAUAGUAAUAAAAUCCACAAGUAAAGCCCAAUCGAAAACAAAACAAGACCGCAAAUAGCAAAACAAAGCGUAGCACACGAAAAGCGGGCAAAAUAAAGAGCAACGCUCCAUUGGUGCCGUUGAGUUGUUGUUGAGCCAUAGCGCAGCAAGCUGGCAUACUAAAUGGUCGCGCGAAUUAAACAGAAUCGCAAAUACAUAUACACACAUUGCUGAAGUGAAUGUUGUUGACUAGUUGUGGUCGUUGUGCUCCGUUUGUGUUGCCCUAAUUGUUGCAAGUGCUUUGGAGUCUGCAGUGCACACAUACCCACACGUUGGUGGCACUUAAGGCGCUCGAGCGGUGCAGUCGUGCGGUUGCUAUUGUGAUUUCCUCAAAAAGCAAGCGAAGCGAAGACUCAAUUUUGCGCUGGACGCAGUCGUCGUUAUAAGUUUCAACUAAAAAACAAGCGCUUUCUAGUCAAAGCGACGGCAUAUACAUACAUUACACUUUUCGCAAUCUUUGGUGCGUGAAGUAAAAUAAAAUGGUGAAGACAUUUCAAGCCUACUUACCGUCCACGAAUCGAACGUACUCGUGCGUGCAUUGCCGUGCGCAUCUAGCGUCCCACGAUGAGCUCAUCUCGAAAUCGUUCCAGGGUAGUCAAGGACCUGCCUACCUCUUCAACUCGGUGGUGAAUGUGGGCUGUGGCCAAACCGAGGAGCGCGUGCUACUCACCGGUCUACACGCCGUCGCAGACAUAUUCUGCGACUGUUGCAAAACACCGCUGGGUUGGAAGUACGAACACGCCUACGAGAGUAGCCAGAAAUACAAAGAGGGCAAGUACAUAAUAGAAUUGGCGCACAUGAUCAAGGAAAACGGCUGGGAUUGAGCAAAAGUGUGGAUAUUUAUAUGAUGGAGCAGAACGCCUAUGAUGAGACGAAGCGUAGCGAUGUCGAGCGAAUGCAGUGCUUGUUAAUGCAGAGGACAAUGUGGAUGUUAUACAAUCUAUGUUAGUGAUAUUGUGUUUGAAGAUGAGCUUGAGAUCGGUAUUGGUAUUAUAUUGCGAGGAAUAUUGGUGAAUGCGAUUGAAGUAUUUUAGUGACUAGACAUGAGUUAUGUAGUGAUAAUUGAAGUGAAGGUUUGGUAAUGUUUAAGAUGUAUUUUGUGUAUACACUUUUGACAUUAUCCUUAAAAAAAGGGCGACUCUCUGCUAUAAACCUCAAUAGAGCAAAUGUGUUUAAAUUAAAGUUAUAAUGUGAUUUUAAGUUAAAACUGCUACCGCCUGCUCUUAACACCAUUAAGGAUCAAAACACAAAAAUACAGAACCGAUGGCAGAUACGUUCAUAAAUCUACAUCUAUCACUAUCACUUCUACUGGCAGACACCCAAAUCCUACCUCACAAAACCGAUACAUUUUCAAUACAUUUUCAUAAAACAACACUUUCAAAGAAACAUAACAAAAACAAAAGCAAACAACACUUAUAGUUAAUCCACAAGACAAGCCCUGCAGAAACUCGCUUUUGUAAACCGGUUGCAAGUCUUGCUGGUUUCAUUUCCAGAAUCGUGAUAUGAUACGAAAAGCAUAUACCCAGCGAACCGUACUAAAACUUUUGGAUAAAUGAGCAACAAAAUGAAAAAGUCACAUUGGAUAAAUGUUGAAAUGAAAGCACACAAACGCAUGCAAUUGAGUAUCAAAGCGUAGAGCGCAGACGACGUCGCUAAGCUAAUAGGAAUGGACGCAUAUUGUGAAGUUGAUAAUUUUGAACUGUCUUUGCUGUCACUGCCACUGCCGAUACUUUAAAUCUGCUAACAACAAUUCUACAAACUCAAACUUUUGCAUGACUUCUGCUGAUAGCACUAUUGAUGAUACAGCGCUUUCAAUGAACAAACUACAUGCUAACCAAAUAUCUGUAGACACGACUUGGAUGCGCCUGCAAAUGGAAAGUUUAGCUUACCUCUCUGAUUCAACGGUUCAAGUCGUAAAUACCCUCAUAUAGUUUCCGACAUCAGCACACAACCAGUCCUUACAAACUUCAGAAAUGAAGUAAACUAUUUGGAGCAACCAGCCGCUUUUUCGUUCUAUAAUAGUUAAUGAUAAAUUAUUGAUAUAUACCUAUUAUUUUACUGUUAUAAUUAAAGAGUAUGGUACACUAUAUAAACUUAUGUGUCUACGUGUAAUGAGUGUAAGCUUAUUUUUAUGUGUAUUCGUGACAGAGACGAUGUAUUUUUAAGUUUUAUGUGCAUUUUUAUUAGCUCAACAAGAACAAACAUAAUUAAAUUUACAUACAUAGAACUGAUAUUAUGUGUAAAGCAAGUAAUAUACAUAUAUAAUAUAAAUUCAAAACCUGACUGUAUUUUAUUUUGGUAGAGUCAGCAGUUGUUGUACAUACAACACUAACAAUGACGAUAAUACACACCAAUUUCAUUCGCCAGCAGGCAACAACGAAGCAAACAAAAGGGCAAUACAACUCCUUGCAAGGACAUUUGUUAUGGCUGCCCGCCACAUUUUUCAUAGCAAGAUUGAUUGCGGUAAAGUGUUGAAUUAACUACUGCUGUAUAAGUUUAAAUAUAUUCACUUGCAGGAAGCACACGCAAAUGCUUUAAGCUUGUAAAUAAGCAAAAACUACAUUAUUUACUAAAUAUACACAUUUAUGUUUAUAUGUUUGUAUGUAUGUACACGAAUUUAUUUUAAACCGUUUACUAUCAUAUUAGAACCCAAGUAUUGUAUUCUAAAGCGAACGUUUCGAAAAUGCGUCUCAGCCUGUUGAGAAGAGUUACCGAUAAUAACAGUUUGGAACCGUGAGGUGAUAUUUUAAAGUUUUCACGGACAAACAUUUAUAUGACAGUGAAAUAAGUAUUUGAUAAGAACGCAGGUUAAUUGAUAGAGUGAGCUUAGCGCUUCUUCAAUCAAAAUCAAUCAAAUUGAAGUAAAACCGUUUUAACUUGCGUAUGGAAUCCAAUUCCAACCAAAUUAUAAAUUUCAUGAUGACAAGUCAACACCUGAAAUAUCAAAUAACCGCAAUUACUUGACAAGUUAAGCAGCAAAUAAACUAUGAAUGUUACAGUCGCUUUUUUUUUUUGUUUUUUUGUUUCAAAAAUACAUUAAAAUUCGUAACAUGCUUUUAAAGUACUAGUAAAAUAUUUCAACAAAUGAUUGCAGAAAGGAAUACAGUCCACAUUUGGUGAAAAAUGGCAGCAGUACCUUAUUUCACUGCAUUAGUUGCAAGUGAGGUUAACGCUGAACUUUUACCGGCUAAGCGUGUGCUGAUAAUCAUAUUGCUUUUCAAAGACGCAGUAUUUUAAAUACUACCUAAUAUUAAUAAAUUCGCUUAAAUGCUGCUUAUUCAUUUGAGACAUUAAUUUUGAAAUUUUCGGUUUUCAGUUUUUGUAUAAUUGAGGUUUCAUGCUGACGAUGUAGCUUAAAAUUAAGAAUUAUUGCAAUUAUUAUUUUUUUUUCUAAGCUGUUGAUGGAACUAAUUCUGCAACUAAUUAAUUAAUCCAAUAUUUAAUAAUUUUAUUUAAGGCUUAAAGUAUUACCGUAAAUGCUUAACGAAGAAUAUAAACAUUUAUAUUUGCAUAUAUUCAAGCCUCUUAGCUGCGACUGUUAAAAUUUUAUGAAACUUGUGUUGUAACUAAAUUGAUUAAUCAUUUACUUGUAGAGGGUAAGCAGCAUUGUAGUACCUUUCCUGGCUAUAUAUUGAGGAGCAGUCCUUUAAUUCCGUUGUAAUUACUUUGAAAUAAAUUCUAUAAAUGACAACAACUCAUAAAAAUCAAUAAGUUCAAUUUUAUUUGUUCAGACUAAUAAUAUUGUAAUUCAAUAAAUGCGUUUUGGAAAUAUUAAAAAUGCUUAUCAACUUAUGGUACAUUGAAAUGAUCAAAUCAAUAACACUGUAACUGUCACCAAUGAAAAAUUUAUACAUACAUACGUGAAAUCACACGAAAGACUCACGAAUGAACGUGAACAUGCAAGAACUGUUAAAAGUCUUAGCACAGCGGCAUACAACUUUUAAGUUGCACUAAAAGUCUUGAGUUAAAAGAAUCAAAAAUAAUAAUAGCUUCUAAAUAUUGCUAAAUUCUCGUUCGAUUGCUUAAAAUCUAAGAGAAAACUUAUUUAUCCACAUUAAAAUGAACAUCAAAUCGCUUUAAUAUAGUCUGUAAACAGCUUGCGAGCGUUUAAUUAUAUGGUAGUAUAGCAUAAAACUGUAAAUAAUGCAUAUAUAUGCAAAUACAUUGUGUAUAAAAAACUGCCAAGAACAAAUUCGCGUCAUAAAUGUCGUUGGUUCUCUAAUAACAAAUUAACAUACAACCAGUUAGAAUAUCGAAUUAGGCGCUAUAUAUUUUAAUAUAGGUUUAUAGUUUAGAAAAGAAAUCAUUUCAUCUCCUUUUGAGUUAAAUUAGUGCUAUCUUAGACAAAAAACUUGGAAAAUGCUGUAACAGGAAUGCUAUAGUUUUAAUGCAAAAAUUACGAAAUUACAUUCCCGUUAACUACUAAUUGAAUUCUAUAUCCGUGAUUGCUGUGAAUUAUUAAAAACAAUAUAAAUGUAUAUUACAAAACUUUUAAUUUUCAAAGCUUUAAAGCAAUUCGUAAAGAAGAAGCAAAAACCGAUUGAAACAUUAAAGAAUGUGUUAAUGAUAUAUAAUGCAAUAAAAUUAAAACGCUCCAAACUGUGUUUCGGUUUUUAAACAAAAAUAAAUAUGUAUAAUUGUACCGAAUUCAAGUUGUGGCUUAAAACAAUUUUCCCAAAACAAGCAAAUUUUUGUGUAACAGAAUGUUAAAUAUACACUUAUAUAUCAAUAUCUAUUUUCUCCACACUAUCAUUAUAGAUGUAUCAUAAAUAUUAUAAUUGAAAUACAUAUGAAUGUACUAUCAGCAUAUGGAAGAUUAUAUGCCGAUUUUAUUAAGAUAAAGUUGUGGCUUUAUUUAGCGCGGAAACACUGGCACACCAUAAAAUAUGCUAUUCCAUACAAAAAUUGUUUAUUGAUUUCGUCAAACAUAGCCGAAUACAUAACUAUAUCCGAAAAUAAUUUUGCUGUUCACACACACACAUUUAUACAUAUAAUGCAUACACAAAUUGUAGCUACUUAGUCUUAGAUUAUAAUUGAUGGCAAAACGUGAUAAAUAAAUUAUUAAUAUACAGUAA